GCUAUUAUUUAGGUGUAUUCUGAGCUUCUUGGGGGUGAGUCUUUUUCCUGCUCUCUGCGACACUCCAUUUCCGCGAAAUUCUUCAGCGAUUGAAUGCAAAUCUGUCCUACUUACUAGCUAUGGAUGAACCUGAUGAAAUGUUUAGGGAGCGAAUUAAAGCAAUUUGGCAAGCUAGGUAUGCGACAAGAUGCAUUAGAGAGGAUGGCAUUCCUUGCCAAAUUGAAGAGGGUCUCUUCUUGGGUUCCCUUGCUGCUGCAAAUAACAAAAGAGUAUUGAAAUGCUUGAAUGUGACACACAUUUUGACUGUAGCCAGUUCAAUGGCACCUGCUCAUCCAGAUGAUUUCAAAUACAAAACUAUUGAAGUCCUGGACAGAGAAGACAUACAUAUAGCACAGUAUUUCAAUGAGUGUGUCGAAUUCAUUGAAGAGGCUAAACGAACGGGUGGUGGUGUGUUGGUACAUUGCUUUGUGGGAAGAUCCAGAAGUGUGACUAUUGUUGUUGCGUAUUUGAUGAAAAAGCAUGGUAUGAGCGUGUCCCAAGCUCUGGAACAUGUGAAGAGUAGACGACCAAUGGCUUCUCCUAAUCCUGGUUUUAUGUUACAACUGCAAAACUUUGAGAAAAUUCUUCAAGGUUGUCAGGUUCCUUUCUUUGGAAGCUAUAUAGAUUUUUCAGAAGUUUUGCAACAUGACUGAGCACUGAAAAGGGAUGGAAAGGAGCUAGUGGACAUACUAUUUCACAUGUCAAUAUUACGAUUUUCUACUUCAAGCUGAAUCUGCUACUUCUAUACUCUUACCGACAAAUUUUAUUCGGGAAAAAGACGUGAAUUCUGGAAACAUAAACCCUAGGAGGAUGGAAAAAACUUGUGUAGGAGGCAUUUGACAUUUGAACUGACUAUGAAUAUACUACUAAUUGAUUGCCUACGAAUAGCCUUGCUAGCAAUUACUUAAAUUUAGAAUUAGUUGACUAAAAUUAAUUUUUUUCUGUAAAUAAUUAAAAUUAAUUAAUAGUUGAAGGUAGGGUUGCAUUUUUAUAUGUUGUGUGUACAAUAAGGCUCUGGAUAUUGAAGAAUGAAGGAAGCAUGGUAAUGUGCACGGAGAAUGAACUUUUUAAGGGUCAUGAUGUCUGCUGACUCCGAUGCCCCUCGGCUUUGAUUUGGGGGCCUGGAUCCGACCCACAUCUUCGUUUCUUUCGAACAUUUUAAUAUGUUCGUGCUAAACGUAUGUGUAUGUAAAUGUAUGUUUGUCUACAUCUUUACAUUUUUGUUUCUAUGAUUCAUAAUUGUGUGAAUAUGUUUAUAUAUGUAUGUUUUUUAUUUGUUAAUGAAUAAAUUUAAGUUCCGUA